AUGGGUGUUUCAGUUCCCAAAGAAGAGAAGGAAGAGGAGGAGGUUUCCAGCACCCUCAGCUAUGGCUCUCCAGUCAGCGCAGCCAGGCCCAGCAGAAGCUGGCGCAGCAGCAGGUCGGCCGCCGCGGCUCGCCAGCGUGACACUGAGAAUUCACGUGCCUCCAGAUCCAAGACUGGUUCCCUGCAGCUCGUCUGCAAGUCGGAGCCAAACACAGACCAGCUCGAAUAUGAGGUCACAGAAGAGCACCAGUCUCCAGCUGGAAUCAGCAGUGAUGAUGAGGAGGAGAUGCUCAUCAGUGAGGAGGAAGUUCCCUUCAAAGAUGAUCCAAGAGAUGAAACCUACAAGCCCCACCUAGAGAAGGAAGCGCCAAAGCAAAGGAGAAAAGCUAGCAAGGGGAAGGAGGAAAAAGAGAAACAGAAAGAGAUUAAAGUAGAAGUGAAAGAAGAGAGUGAGUGUCAGGAAGAUGAGGAACCACCCAGGAAGAGGGGAAGGAGGAGAAAGGAUGACAAGAGCCCAAGGCUGCCCAAGAGAAGGAAGAAGCCUCCGAUACAGUACGUCCGCUGUGAGAUGGAAGGCUGUGGCACAGUCUUGGCUCACCCACGUUACCUGCAGCAUCACAUAAAGUACCAGCACUUGCUGAAGAAAAAGUACGUGUGUCCUCAUCCCUCCUGUGGUCGGCUCUUCCGACUCCAGAAGCAGCUCCUGCGGCAUGCCAAACACCACACAGAUCAAAGGGAUUACAUCUGUGAGUACUGUGCCCGGGCGUUUAAGAGUUCUCAUAACUUGGCGGUGCACCGAAUGAUCCACACAGGCGAGAAGCCCUUGCAGUGUGAGAUCUGUGGAUUCACCUGCCGGCAGAAGGCUUCGCUCAACUGGCACAUGAAGAAGCACGAUGCGGACUCCUACUACCAGUUCUCCUGCAACAUUUGCGGCAAGAAAUUUGAGAAGAAGGACAGCGUUGUGGCCCACAAAGCCAAGAGCCACCCCGAAGUGCUCAUUGCUGAAGCGCUGGCUGCCAACGCAGGUGCCCUGAUCACCAGCACCGACAUCCUGGGCACUAAUCCUGAGGGCAUUGCACCACCCACCGAUGGCCAGGGCCUCCCCCUUCUUCCCGACCCCCUGGGAAGUGCUGCCCCAGCAGAUUGCCUGCUGCUGACCCCUGACGGGAUGCCGAAGACAUACUGCGGUGGGGCAGAACGCGUGAGCCUGGUGGCUGAUGGCAAGCUCUUUGUGGGCAGUGGCAGCAGUACAAACCCAGAGGGGCUGGUCAUGAACACAGAGAUCCUGGGAGCCACCACGGAGGUGCUCAUAGAAGAUUCAGACUCUGCUGGACCGUAGUGGGCAGGGAGCACGUGGGUGCUGGGACAGUUUGGACUCUGUAUUUAAAAGGAAAAAAAAAAAAAAAAAGC